GGCGGGUGGCAAACCGUCUUGCCUAGCACCCACAGCCGAGUUGAACGACUCGAGCGCGCGCAAUUGGAAGCGUACGAGCGCCAGGCCAUCGAGUCAUGGGCAACUUUCGACGGUAGUUGGUCGGGAGUCGGGAAACAUCUGUCCGACUAUGCCGAGGCGAAAAAGAUACACCAGAAGCUCAAGCAGGCCAUUGUGCAAGAGUUGGGCGUCGGUGGGCAAGGCAAAGUCGAGAAGUUCAGCUACACCCAUCGAAACCGAUCGGUCUUCUUGGCGAGGAAACGAUUACAGCACCGACGAAAACUCGUUGAAGAGCUACGGGAGGAAGCCAAUAUUCUUGAGAGAUUGUGCCACGAUCACAUUGUGAGGUUGAUUGGAACCUACGCUUACCAACCACGCGAGUUGUAUUUGAUAUUGUGGCCCGCCGCUACGUGCGAUCUGUCACACCUGCUUACCGAUCUGGACGAUUUGCGAUUCCAUGGCGGAGACCGCGCCGAUAUACUAGAGAGACUCGGUCUACUCGAUCUCGACGAUACGAGCGCAAUUGAUGGCGCACCGCACUCGGUGAGAUCUUCCAGCAAGGACAAUUGUCCACUGGCCUAUUUGCAGCGAAUUACGGGAUGUGUUACAAGGGCUGUCGACUACUGCCACGUCUCCAAGAUCCGACACCUUGACGUGAAGCCGCAAAACAUCCUCCUCAGUCCGGGCCGAGUUUACCUGGCGGAUUUCGGCAUUUCUCGAGACGUCAACGACCAAGAUCACACCAUGACCUACCUAGAAAACGGGACGCGCAAGUGGAAAUCGCCAGAGCGGCUGGAUCCAGACGAUACUUGGUCCAUGCAAUGUGCCGAUGUGUACUCGCUCGGUCUUGUUUUCCUGAACAUUGCCACCGUGCUCUACGGCGCACGUCAGUCGAAACUUCAGGAUAUUCUAGAACAUAAUGGCAAGAGUACCAGAGUCCUAGAGCUAGAACAGUUCUGCGACGAGCUGCGUCGGCUGGCCCUCACCUCACAGGACUUCGCUGAUGAAACAGCGAGCACAUUAUCGUCAAAGCACCUUGUAUCACUGACGAGCCGCAUGUUAUGUACGGAUCCACCGCAGAGGCCAAAUGCGGCACAAGUCAACGAGUCACUGAUCGAAAUCGGAGGCCUCGAGCAGAUUUACCACAGUUCCUGCUGCAAGGUACCGGUGCGACAGCUCACUCAGCUUCUAGAUAAGAAGUACGCAAAAGUUUGGGACGAGCGAGGGCGACUUGCUGAAGAAAACGCGAAGAUGAGCAAGCGCCUAGAUGCACUUGAAGGCAGGGAGGAGAUGUACCUUGAGAGAAUUAAGAUAGAGCGUGACGGGCACGCAAAGAAUCGAGCGAACCUAAUAAAACGCCUGGAGGAUGAGCAGACAGUACGCAAGGAGCUUGAAGCUACCAUUCGGAGGUUUCAGCAAAAUCGCGGGUCGGGGACAGGGCCAAGACCAGGGCUUGUGCGAUACAAACCUACUAGCAGCGGAGGCAUUGCCAUGAGAACUAGCCGGCCACCACACCAGUCUCCAUCACAGCAACAAAGCCCGUUCAUGGUCAUGGCAGCUACGCCUCUCCUUGCCGGCGUUUCAGGGCCACGCCCUAUGUCGCCAAACGCCAACCAUCGACGAGAGUCGGACCUUCGAAAGUCAACCGAAUCGCUGACGAAUUAUGCGCUUCGAUCCCGCGGGUCGGGCUCCCGUCUACCGCAACCCGUGAACCCUUCAACGCCGAUCCGGGCUGGGACUCCAGGUCUCUGUGCGCCUCGCGACUCAAAUCUUACUGAUAGCACCAUCGAUAGCCUCACUUCUUCGAUGCUCAGCCACAGCAGU